AUGACGUUUGAGAUUUACAUUCCAGACAAUCUGACCUUUCAGGACUACAUUGCUGUGGUUCAGACAGCAAGGGUCUGGGCAGAUGGUUAUGAUAGAAAGAGUGAAGAGCGACUCCUUGCCGCUUUGGCACCAGAGGUCUCCGUGGACUACACCUUGAUUGUGCCAGCAUGGGGAAUAAAGCAGUACAAGGCGGCAGAGUUCGCGGCACUUUGGCUCUCAGAGGAACAUCUAGGUCUGAAGCCAUUGGUGACACAACAUCUGCUUGCGCAGCCAUAUUUCAAGAAGGUCACCGCCGAUGAAAUUGAGGUGGAGUGGCAGCAACUGGCGAGUCAUGGGCGGCUACAAGCCGACGAUGGGGGCGCAAGGGAUGCGUCUGCUGCGAGGAUCGACGAGACCAGCGACGGGAGGAGCCACAUGCAGCAUAAGUUUGUCCGCGUGAGUGGCCUCUGGAAGAUCGCGACUAUUACCCCCUCUCUGCUUUAUCAGACUGGGGAUUUUAUGCGCAUUAGAAGACCAGCGGGUGAGCAAUAA